GCAGGCGGCGCGGGGAUGGAGGGCGGGUUCGGCUCCGAGUUCGGGCCCGCGGGGGGGAAGCUGGACCCGGGGCUCAUCAUGGAGCAGGUGAAGGUGCAGAUCGCCGUGGCCAACGCGCAGGAGCUGCUGCAGAGGAUGACCGACAAGUGUUUCCGGAAGUGCAUCGGGAAGCCGGGCAGCUCGCUGGAUAACUCGGAGCAGAAGUGUAUUGCCAUGUGUAUGGACCGGUACAUGGACGCCUGGAACACAGUCUCACGAGCAUACAACUCCCGGCUGCAGAGGGAGAGAGCCAACAUGUGACCAGUUUCCAGCAGCCCUGACAACAUGCUUCAAUACUGCCCCCUGCUCGGGGAGAGUGACUUGAUUCCUGGACUAGCUGGAGUCGCCUUAUGAGAAUGAAAGGAAAGGUGGUGGGAGUGAAAUCCCUGUGAUUUAGUUAAUUUGGCAUUUUCAUCAUGGUAGAGCAAUAAAGCCACGUCUGGAGCCUCUCCCUGUUA